AUGUCGCCACAUGUCAGGUUUGGCCUGCGCCACAGCUAUGACGAUGUGGCCGAGGGAGGGGAGUUUUACAUCUUUCAUAAGUGCAUACACGACUCAAAGGAAGGAUAUUCAAAUCCUUCAUCUCGAGACCCCUCCACCAUCAUGUCUCCCUCCAGCAACCCCGAUUACUACUCCGUCCUCGACGUCUCCCCCACCGCAACCCCCCAACAAAUCCGCGACGCCUACAAACGCGCCGCCCUUAAAACACACCCAGACCGCGUCCCCUCCGACUCCCCCGACCGCGCCUCCCGCACCCGCAAAUUCCAACUCAUAAACGACGCCUACUACACCCUCUCCGACGCCACCCGGCGCCGCGAAUACGACCUCGCGCGCCCCCACCCCGCCCCAGGCGGCUUCACCUCCGGCCCCUCCGCUGCCUCCGACGAGGACGCCUGGGACAUCCCUCGUCCCUCCGACGGCGCGGGGACGGGGGGGAACUGGUGGGAGAAUUUCGGGUUCAACACGCACCCCAACCGGGAGGAAGCCGAGUCCGCGCAAUUCGGCGAUGUGUUCGAGGAGAUGCUUAGGGAGGAGGGGAUGGCGAAUGAGGCUGGGCAUGGCACGGGACGGUUCUGGUCGGUGGUGGGGGGGCUGAGUGGUGCGGCGAUGGGGUUUAUUGUGGCGAAUUUCCCGGGGAUGGUCGCCGGGGCGGUCGCGGGGAAUAGGCUGGGAGCUGUGAGGGAUGCGAGGGGGAUGAGUGUGUAUUCGGUGUUUCAGGAGUUGCCGCAGGGGGAUAAGGCGAGGUUGUUGAGUCAGCUUGCGGCGAAGGUUUUUGCGCAUGCGGUGGGGGGUGGGGGGAGUAGCAGUGGGAUUUGA